UAGAGACCCCUCAGUUAUCUUCAAGCUGCAAACACCCAGGAUUUUUUCCUUCUAUUUUGUGGCUAGACUCUGGAAAGCUCCUCUGGCUGCUGGACAAAGUGAAGAUUUUGAAUGCCAAGGUGACAGCAAUGAACAGUGUGAAGGCAAACACCCUGGUGCAUUUAUACAAGCAGCUGAAAAAUAUCUGGAGUCCCCCAGCAGUGCCUGCAAGACUCUGCACCCUGGCUGCCUGCACUCAAAAAAAUCGGAAUAAUGCACUGCAUCCACUUUGGCAGAGUCCACUCACGAUUCCUGGGGGCACCCGGCAGUCUCCAAUCAAUAUCCAGUGGAGAGACAGUGUUUAUGACCCCUUCCUGAAGCCUCUGAAAAUCAGCUACGACCCCAAAACCUGUCUUCACAUUUGGAACAAUGGAUAUUCAUUCCUGGUGGAGUUUGAUGAUUCUACUGAUAGAUCAAUCAUCGUUGGAGGUCCCUUGGAAAACCAGUACAGGCUAAAGCAGUUCCACUUCCAUUGGGGAGCUAUAAAUGAGUGGGGCUCAGAGCACACAGUUGACAGUAAAUUUUACCCAGCAGAGUUACAUUUAGUACACUGGAAUGCUGUUGCCUACCCAACUUUUGAAGAAGCAGUGAUGGAAGGUGAUGGCCUGGCUGUCAUUGGAGUGUUUCUGAAGCUAGGAGCACACCAUGAAGGGCUGCAGACACUGGUGGAUGCCUUGCCAGCAGUUAAGCACAAGGACACAAUUAUUGAGUUUGAUGUCUUCGAUCCUUCCUGUUUGCUGCCUUCAUGCCCUGAUUAUUGGACCUAUGCUGGCUCUUUGACUACUCCCCCACUUACUGAAUCAGUCACUUGGAUUAUCAAGAAGCAGCCAAUAGAGGUUGAUGAGAAUCAGCUGGAGGCAUUUCGGAUGCUGCUCUUUACUUCAGAUGGGGAAGAGGAGAAGAGAAUGGUAGACAACUUCCGUCCUCUUCAGCCUCUAAUGAACCGAACCGUCCGCUCCUCCUUCCAGAGCAGUCACCUCUUGAAUCCUGAAGUACAGCCCCAGGACCAUGCUGAGCACAUCAGGCCAUAGAUGGGCUGAGAAGUCAGUCCAGACCUGCAAUACCUGGAGGUGACUGAUUGUUAUUUUUUCAGUGUUUUUCCUUUUCCUGCAGUGUGUAUGUGCCAUGCAGUUUCCCAGCCAGCCAGUCUCAGUUCUGCCAAGUGCCAUUUGUCCUUCUGGGGAGAAGCUGGGUCAUUUUUUAAGAAGGAAACAAUAUUAAUCCUUAAAUUUACAUCCUAUAAAGCAUGUUGGAUCAGUAGGGAUUUUUUUUUUUUGGACAGCUAAAGGAAAAACAAGGGCAGGAGUUCUCUUUCCCCUACCUCUUUUCUGAAUUGUUCUGUCUCUUCAAAUGUUCUUUCAGUGACUUGCAUGACUUAAUCAUCCCAACUUAAAAAUAUGUUAUCAGGCAUCAAGUUUAAUGAAGUGAAAUGUUUUAAUACUGCUUAGAUCCUUUUGUGGAAUUGUUUUAGGGGUCUGCAAAGCAAACCAGCUUCUCUAGUCACCUAUACAGUGACAGCUGAGCUUCCUUUUUCCUUGGUGCUUAGGAUGAUGAUGAGAGAAGGGAAAAAAUUACUUAGAGAAUUUAAUAUCUUUCCACUCUAUUGACUGCAUGAUCCAUGUUCAUGGAUGUCACCAAAUGUCCACUCUUAACUACAUCACAAGCCAGGAGACUUUUUCUAAAACAUUAUAACAAGUGUAGAAGCUUUUAACUGUGUCAGCUUCCCCUCUUUUACAUUAAUAAUGUGUCAAGAGAAGAGAGCAGAAUAGAGUUCAGCAGUCUCUCAAGACUGGCAGGAGCAGCAAAUCAUCUGGAAAUGUCCAAUUGAUCCCAGGAAGUUGAUGGCAUCAGAGGGCAGCAAAAUGAAAUAAGUCUCUGCUAGCCCUCCCAGUGGGAUUUUUAGGGGGAAAAAAAAGCAAGCACUAAAAACCCAACAAUUCCUGCAACUUAAACCUCUGCUGGGAGAGUAUGGACCAAAUAGAGCAUUCAGAUAGUUGAAAGAUUUAUAUUUCUUUUUUAAAUAACUCGUAGAGCACCAGUGCACUGUCUUAAAAGCUUUGCCUUAAGAUCUACUUUUCUAAUAAAGAGUUCUCUAGCUUCAGAACAACUGGGGACCAGGUUGUAUUUAAGCACCUUAUGAAGUGGUGGGAAUUUCUUUGUGGACCAGGCAAAACUGUUGUGUGAGGUGCCAGAAGUGGAGCCUUAUCCUAGAGUUACAGUCCACUUGCCACAAGUAUUAUCUACCUCUGAAGCAUGCUACUACCAGCCAUAAUUCCUCUCAAGCACCUUCCUCACUGACUUUUUAUUUGCUUUACUCUGUGCCAGUGCAUGAAAUGAAUGUGCCUGAGGAGGAGCAAGUCUGUCUGUACACUUGCACAGCCCUGAUGGAUUGUAUUGGAGGAGCUUUGUAGGAGAACAGAUGUGACUUGGGCUGCAAAGUCCCUGAUUGCUGCUCUGAUUCAGCACAAGUGAUGCCAGGACACCAGCUUGUCACUGCUGAAUUCAGAAUGUUAGAAUCAGUACCUUUUUUCUUUUAAUUUUUAAUUCAGAUGUUUAAUUUAAAAGCACUUUAACAUGGUUUUGUUUUUGUUUUUUUUGAGUGGCCCAUAUGAUUUUAAGGUUUUUUUUUUAAUAUUCUUCUUUAGGCAAUGAAGUGCCCAGAUCCUGCCUGUGCUUCUUUAGUAGCUCUGCCUCAGGCUGUUGUUAUGCUGCAAUAAUUGUGCCUUUUUUCCCUUGGCAGCUUGAAACGUUCCCACUUAACCUUAAGGUGACUCUGGGGUGGAAAAUCUCUCUUCCAUCCCCGUGCUGUAUACAUCUCUUUGCUGUGUAGUUUAUUCACUAUGGUUGUGUGUGCAUCUACUGCACUGAUUGUUUAAAAUAUCUGGAGACAGGGUCAGCACAGCAACCAUUCAGUGUGCUACAAAAAUUAAGCUUUGCAGGGUUUUUAAGUUGCUUUGCUGGUUUUUAAGUUGCAUUUACAGGUUACUUGGUGUAUGAGCAUCUCUGGGUUUCCUUAGGCAGUAUCUGAAUUGCAGGGCAGAUUGUUGUUGAAAUGAGUGGUCUGAAAAUUAACAGAAAGGGGAUUUUUGGGGUUGUUUUAACUUUGGUGUUGCACAUGACUCUGUUUGCCUUGCAAAAGCAAACUUCAAGAAAAAGUUUGUGUGUUUGCACAUGUCUGUAAAGCAGCAGAUGGGAUGUGAGUGUUUUGCCUUAUUCUCUCAGCUGUGUGGAGGGGAGGAAAUGAUUGCUGGACAAGAGCUAAUAUUGGUUAGAAUUUUGCACAGCUGAGGUCUGCAUUAGGAACCUUCAGGCUUUUCCCCUUGGAUGGUACAAUUCCAAAGGCUCAAAGCACACAUUUAUAUAUUUGACCUUGCAUAGCAGUCACUUCUGUUGCUUAACACUGUUCUGGGAGGUGUUCCUGUGGCAA